AUGGGAAUACGUUCUGGUGAAUGUUUUGGUUUGUGUGGUGUUAAUGGAGCUAGAAAAACAACAACAUUUCGAAUGUUAAUUGGUGAUCUUUAUCCGACAGCUGGUUAUGCACAUAUUCAUGGUUUUGAUAGUAUGAAAGAAAGACGAGAAGUUUUUAAAUAUAUUGGUUAUUGUCCACAAUUUAAUGGACUUUUUGAUGAAUUAACACCUAUUGAACAUAUGUUAUUAAUGGCACUUUUAAGAGGAAUUUAUUAUCAUGAUGAAGGUCAACAUGUUUAUCAAUUAUUAAAACGUUUAGAUCUUUGUGAAUAUUUAAAUAUACCUGUUAGAAAAUUAUCUUUAGGAAAUCGAAGAAAAUUAUCAACAGCUAUGGCACUUGUUGAUAAUCCAUCGAUUCUAUUUUUAGAUGAACCAACUAGUGGAAUGGAUCCUUCAUCAAGAAGAUUUUUAUGGAAUGUUAUUAGAAGUUUAGUUAAAGAAGGAAAAUCGAUUAUAAUUACUUCACAUAGUAUGGAAGAAUGUGAAGUUCUUUGUUCAUCCAUUGCAAUUAUGGUAAAUGGUUGUUUUCGUUGUCUUGGUUCAACUCAACAUUUAAAAAAUCGUUUCGGUAAUGGUUAUACAAUAAAAAUUCGUUUAAAAUCUUCAACAAAUUCAACAUUAGAUCAGACAAUUCUUAAUUGUUUUUCAUCAAAUUUUAUUUUAAAAGAACGUCAUAUAAAUAUAUUACAAUAUGAAAUAGCUGAAAUACAUGUUUCAUUAAAAGAUAUUUUUUCUAAACUUGAAAAUUUAUUCAUUUAUGAACGUAUAACUGAUUAUAGUGUGUCACAAAAUACACUUGAUAAUGUAUUUGUUAAUUUUGUACGUGAUCAAUUUGAUGCAUCACAACAAUGA